GCACAGAUUGGAGGAAGAGGAGGAGGUUGGAGAGUGUAAGAGAAGAAUCUCAUCUUCGGUCCGGCUUGUCGGGGAUGACUCCUCCUUGGGGGAUGAACCGAUGCAGCACAGAAAACUGCCAGCAUGAAGAACAAGCGAUUACUUACCCAGUUUACAAAUCCGUGCAUAUUUCUGCCUUGAAACAGAAUGGCCUCCUCCAGUCUCUGUCAGCAACUGCCAAUGGAUGCAGAGAAGCAGGUAUUAGUGAAGAGGUGCUACGAGCCAGGGAAGAAUGGGAUGCCGUGGCACAGAUCCAGCCGGGAGGAAUCGUGGAGAAGCCUCUUGGUCCCACACCGUUAAUCUCGUUCAAUGAAGCACUGCAGUAUUUCCAAACCGCAGAUCUUUCGGACUGCAGGAAAAAAAUCCAGCCGACGGUGCAGAGAAGAGGGCUGGCUGCCAUUGCCCAUUUCCUCUUUGGCCCUCCCCGUCUCCAUCAGCAGUUGCAAAGUGAGCGGGACUUAGCCCUGGCAAUAGCCCAGUGUGGCUUGGAUAAUAAUGAAAAAGUGCACACGCGGAUCUUGCAAACCGUCUACAAGAAAUUAACAGGAUCCCGGUUUGAUUGUGCCCGUUAUGGAGCCCAUUGGGAGGAUCUGGGAUUCCAAGGGAUGGAUCCUGGCACAGACCUACGUGGGACUGGAUUGCUAGGAUUAAUGCAAACACUAUAUUUUGUAAUGGAUGCUCGGAUAUUGCCUAUAGCUCGAGAGAUUUUCAAGCUGUCCCAUCAUGAAACACAGAACUUUCCUUUCUGUGUGAUGUCUGUCAAUAUCACUCGUAUUGUAAUCCAGGUUCUGAGGGAAGAACGGCUCUCCAGAGAAUGUAAUCGAAGACAACAGGUCAUUGCAGUCCUGAACGACUUGUAUGUGGCUGUAUUUUUACGCCUGUUCAACAUCUGGAAAAGUCAAAAAAAGACCAUUUCUGACUCUGGUUUUGUUCUCAAAGAGCUGGAAGCAUUUGCCAAAAGAAACCCAAGGCAACUGCUGAGACAUUUGGAGAUGUACAUGAAUGAGAGCGCUGCUUCGACAGGGGAAGAUGGCUUCCAGGCUCGUGCUUUCUCCUCAGAGGUUCUUGGUCCCAACAUAAGCUCUGUUAACAUUGACAAUAAGGAAUUAAAUUUCACUGGAGUAGGCGACCUGCUGGCUGAGGGUGAACAGGAUAGCUGAUCUGGAUCCCGCAAGGGCAUGAAAGUCCCUGUCCAUGACAAGUGGAUGAAGCCAGUUGAUGUGGUCUCCUAGUGGCUCUGUGGCCCUGCUGCAAAUUGGCUCCCAGGAGGACAGGAAGUUCUUAAAAUGCUGCUAAAGUAGCUAUGAAGGGCUUCAGUUUGGGGCUGGAGCUGUGAAAAGCACCAAGAAGGCUCCAGGGAUGGAGCCUGGGAUCAACAGCAAACUGCUUAAUUCUAAAAUGAAGCAAUCUGGGCAGGAUCCAUUCGUCCCAGUCACUAGCACUAAAGCUGUGACAUAGGCCCUGUUUUUGCAGUGGGAGAGUAAGCCUGAAUGAGAUCCUCUCAUAUGCUGAAGACACACAAAUAGUUAUUUUGGUUCCCAAGGUUUUAAGUCCUAAGACGAACUCAGUUCCUUACAGCUAAGAGAUCUGGGUUUCUACGUUGCUGAAUCUGAGCCCAACUAAACUUUGAACUGUGGCACAACUAAAAGGCUAGUUGUGGGCCUAAAUUUCCUUUUUAUCUAGGAAUAUCCGAGACACAAAGCUGUUGAAUCCUUUUAUUCCAUCAGCUGGGAAGCAUUGCUUCUCAGUUGGUGUGUGUGUCUGUUGACAUAUCAAACCACAAGUGUGUGUUUCGUUUUGUUAAAACAAAAAGAAGCUAAUCAACAGGAACCGUGAGAUCAGCCUUGUCCAGAUUGAUGCCUGCCAGAUAUGUUGGACUACAACUCCCAUCAUAGGGGAGAUGGAAGUUGGAAUCCAACACAUCUGGUGGGCAUCCAGCUGAGUAAGGCUUCACCAGGUAUACUGAAACGGUGACGUCCCCAGUGCGUAUGCCUUUGGGGGUGCUCACAGAAACCUCCAAAUGGAGCCAUGUGGCAGCUGUAACUACAAGGCAAAGCAGUCUGUGUCCUCCAGCCACUAAAUACCAGCAUUUCUCCCAUUCACUGGCUUCCCCAGAUUUCAGAGUGGCUGUGAAUGGUAACAGCGGUGGUCACCUUGCCAUACCACUGGAGGCUUUGGAUGUCUGUCUUGUAAUGUGAUGGCAGCUGCCCCUGAAUAAGCAUUUAAACCAUUGCCAUGUGUUGCCCUGUAGCCCAUUUCCAUCCUGCAGUGCUCUCAUCAGGAUGUCUUGUCCAAUGUGCCAGCUGUAUGUAAGAAUUCUCGCCCUGGCUUGAAUGAUGGGCUUUUUCAUUAAACUUAUUACAGUCUUCAAA